CCGCCCGGCCCGCCAUGGCCGCGCGCCCCGGGCCGCUGUGGCUCGUGGGUCUGGCGCUGUGCGCGCUGAGCGGCGGUGGCCCCGGCCCGCGUCCCCCCGCCGGCUGCCCCGUCCGCCGCCUGGGCCCGCGCGAGCGCCGCGACAUGCAGCGCGAGAUACUGGCUGUGCUGGGGCUGCCCGGGCGGCCCCGGCCCCGCGCGCCGCCCGCCGCCGCCCGGGUGCCCGCGUCGGCGCCGCUCUUCAUGCUGGACCUGUACCACGCCAUGGCCGACGACGACGACGAGGACGGCGGCCCCCCGGAGUGGCCCCCGGGCCGCGCCGACCUGGUCAUGAGCUUCGUCAACAUGGUGGAGCGUGACCGCACCCUGGGCUACCAGGAGCCCCACUGGAAGGAGUUCCGCUUCGACCUGACCCAGAUCCCAGAGGGUGAGGCAGUCACUGCCGCCGAGUUCCGGAUUUACAAGCUGGCCAGCGCCCACCUGCUCAACAGGACCCUGCACGUCAGUGUGUUCCAGGUGGUCAGGGAGCAGUCCAACAGGGAGUCUGACUUGUUGUUUUUGGAUCUUCAGACGCUCCGAGCUGGGGACGAGGGCUGGCUGGUGCUGGACGUGACAGCAGCCAGUGACCGCUGGUUGUUGAGCAGGAACAAGGACCUGGCGCUCCGCCUCUACGUGGAAACGGACGACGGUGCACCUGAUGAAGCCAGAUGCAGUCCCCAAGGCGUGCUGCGCCCCCACCAAGCUGAGCGCCACCUCCGUGCUCUACUACGACAGCAGCAACAAUGUCAUCCUGCGCAAGCACCGCAACAUGGUGGUCCGGGCCUGCGGCUGCCACUGAGGCCAGUGCCUGCCAUGGGGGGCCCCCACCCAGGACAGGCCCCUCUCCAGAGCCAGGAAACCCUCAAACCCAGCCAGACUUCCGGCGGGUUGGCCCUCACAGAUCAAUAUAUCUGUGCUCCUCUCUCCUUCCUGCCAGGCCUGGAUCUUUUCCAGGCCCGUCUGCCCCCUUCCCUGCCUGAGGUUUGUGACAGUCUCUUGGCCUCCAGGCCUGGUGGUCUGAGUCAUCAAGCAGGUUCUCUCCCAGCCGCUGCCUCCAAAAGCAGGUGCUGCCCAACAUUUUGCAUUUGGAACAGAAGUCUGAGGACCUAUUCUUGUCCAUUGCUGGCCCAGGCUUCGGGUAAUAUGGGGUGAAUUGAGAAGCACCUGGGGCCCCAAAUGGCUACCUUGGGCUCUUCACGGUUCAUUUCAGGGCAUGGAUAUGUGUAGACAUGGUCUAGUCCACCUCUGGUUGCCUGCCCCUCCCAGGCAUUUUCUGGGCACUUUUGUUAGAAUGUGGACUUGCCCUCAUUGUUGUGUCGUUGAGGAUCUGAACAAUCAGCCUGCUGGGAGGCAUGUGGGUCAACUCAAGAAUGAGCUGGAUGAACAACAUGAUGUAGGGCAAAGGCCAAUGGCAUCUUUCUCCCCCCAAUCUUCCAGCCUUGAUCUGCCUCUGCUGUCUGGGGAAGAAGUGCCAGGCAUGGACAUUUGACCUUUGUAGAAACAAAAAAUUUGGAGGGCCUCAUUAGCCUGUCUGUCACCACGUUGAAUCAUGAGGAGCUUAGCUCCCUGGAGAAGUUACCUUUUUAUUGAGCCUAGCAGGUGAAUACAUUGGGUGGUCCAAGAGGACAACGCUCAGCACAGAUGACAUCAUUCCGCUUUCCCUUUGGCUGGCAAACAUCAAUCACCAAACUUGAUAUUUUUUCUUUCCAAACCUGUAUAGAAUUUCAAAAUGAUCCAUAUUAAAACUCUACAUGGCCACUGCCAAGAGAUCAGAGUUGACACGUGAAGUAAAAACUGUUUGCCAUCUUCUGGCAUGCUAAGGAGCGAUCCCUUUCAUCCACAGCCACACCUCUGUGACCCUGGGCAGCCUGUGGCCAGGGCUAGGGCCUCCCAGCACCAGCUUAUGUCCAGAAGUUGUCAGAAACAGGCUGUCAUAAUCUGCACCACCCUGUACGCCCUGGAGCACCGUCCUGUUUCUCAAGACCUGCGAGCCAAAGAAAAGGCCCCUGUCCCAGGGGAGUGACAGGUAGUAAUGCGGCUGGCCCUGGGUGGGGAGGUUCCCGGAAACCACUGUUCUCCUUGGAGCAGCCACCGCAGGCAGCUGGGCUGUUUAUUUGAUUUCUGACUUGCUAAGCCUAUAAUUUACCUGCUGGCACAGAGUCCAGCUGCCCAAACCCUCAAAUACUGUCAUUAAAAGCAGUUUGUGGGGCUGCCCCACCCCACAGGCACAGCCCAGCUGAGGUGGAGCCCCCCAUGUGCCCAAGGAUGAGUCCUUCAGCAGUCAUUCCACACCCCGAGGAGGGGCCUGGGACAGCAGUGUGGACGCUGGGGCCCUGCUGCAGGACAGCGGCCCCUCCACACGGGUUGGGAGGCGAGUCUGGAGUGAGCACAGAGGGAGACUCUCCCUGUAUACAGAGGUUGGGCCCAGACUCUUGACAAAGUGGUGAGUUCCCCAUCAGUGCAGGGAUCUAAACUCUGGCUUAGAGGUUAGGAGACCAGACUCAUAGGUGGCUUCUCCCUCUGGGCCUCAUUUUCCAUCUAUACCUGAAGGCAGUGGGCUUUUUGGGUGUCCAAAGGGCCUCCUGCCAGGAAUCUGUCUGCCAGCCCUUUCUCACACUGUGCCCAGAAACAGCCUCAUGAUCCUGAACUUAGGGGUCCAGUGGCAGUCAGAUCAGAGUUGGUAUAUAAUAGGGAACCUGUUUGCCAUUCUAGUCCUUUGACGCUUCUGUCUUCCUAACAUCAAGGACUGUCCUUUAGGCAAAUAUAAAUUUAACAUUAGCCAAUUAUUUUAACUAUUUUUUACUUCACCUGGUAUGUUUUGUGCCCAGCCAACAGCCCAGCACAAUUCGGGGUGUACCAGGAAUGUCUGUCAAAUCACUCAAAGGUUGAUAGACUAGGAGUGCACCUCACCUGUCAGGGUGAGCAUGGCACGAAUGCCUGGAGGUUGUCACCCUCCUUUUGCAUGCCCAGCACCUGAAGAGUAAGCCUUUGCCUGCCGACCUGGGUCAGACUUACAGCAACUGUUGCCAUCCAUGCCGUCACUGAAUGAGAUCACACAGAAAAAGCCCUGAGCAGAGAAAAAAUUGUGAAUGGAUACAAGGCCCACGCAUUUUAUCCCAUUUACUGCAGGAUACUGUGCGCACUCACUGCAUGCUGUGUAUUCCCAGGUACCUUUUGCUGAGCCACGCACGGCAGCUGCAGGGAGCGGCCCACACGCCACCAUUUCCCUCUCUCUUGCUCAAGGCAUGGCUUAUCUGGGUGCACGGGACCAGAAGGAUAAAUACGGGCGGUUGGUUAGACGCACCGACAGCUCUGAGGAGUCAGCCAGGAAGGGGCGGGGGCUGUGGGAAAAGGUUGAGAAGAAACGCGGCGGUCAGUCUUGGUUUGGGCAGUGCGAGGCUGGCCUCGAGGCCAAGUCAGCGCAUCAGUGUUCACAGUUUUCUAAGGUGGGGAAGUGACCCACCUUAAAAUGGAAAAAUCCCUAAGAAUUAGAAAAAGAGGCAGCAUAGCAAGAGGACAGAAUUUUGAAGUCAAAUGGGUUUGAAUCCAUUUUUCUUUUGUGGAGCAAGGUAUUGGUUCUUUCCUUCCAGGCUACUACAAACAUAUGGACAUUCACAUUUAGGACAAUGUCUGCCAUCUGAACACUUAGCAACAGGCGCCUGUUGGCAUCAUUACAAAAGGAUUUACUGAUUUGCUUAGCCCUUUCCAUGUUUGUCCACUAAACCUCCUCCUAGAAAGUGUGCUGUAGGUGGAGUAUUUAUUUCAGAGUUGUGCUUUUUCCUGGAAAAUCUAGACCCUUCAAUCUGUGGAGGGAAGACCUUGUGUUCCCACUUGCUUUCAAGGCCUAAGGAAAAUGCCUGGUUAUGGCCAAGGCUGUGAAUAUUUCCCUGUGUUCCCAGAGAGAAGGGGAACCCACCAGUCUGCUGAAGGUACAAAGCUUGACUCACCUUUUAAAAAAAUGGGUUUUUCAUUUAUUACAAAAAUAAUGCAGUUUUGGAGGAAAAAUUGGAAAAAAAAUGCAACUGAAAUCACAGUUGUAUGACUCAUAAACACACUUAAUAUUUUGGUGAAUUUAUUUCUAGGCUUUUUUCUUAGCAUAUACACAUACAGAUGUUUAUCUAUUAUAGACAUAUUUUUACAAAAUUGGGAUCAUACCGUCUUCUAUAAAUUGUUUUGAAAUAUGCUUUUCCCACUUCAUUAUACAGUAAGAAAAAUUUUCCUGUUAAUAAAUG